AUGCAAGUGGAUUGGUUGUUAUUUUAGGCAAGUCUUUCGUGAGUAGCUAUUCCUUUCGGAUCUACAAGUGGCCAUCCGCGACAACAGCAGCAAGUGUAUGUCGCCGGAUUUCUUUCAUCUGUUGCUUCAGUAAAGCGUCGUUUCACAAGAGGUAACGUUAGAUUGCUAAACCUGUUGCUCUUGUUCAUGAUGGGGCUAGUCAAAUACAAUUUGUCGAGUUAUUCUUCAAUAGUUAAUGCUGUAAUGAAACGUAUGAAAUUUAACUAAGAUAAAAAUUAAUACAGUAUUUAUUCGGGCAAAACUUCUAGCUGACUACUAAUUGGUUAGUUAACGUUACUAGUUAGCUAGCUAACCAGCAAGUUAGCUAGCAUAACCAACCAUCUGGUACCGCAGAACUAGCUAACUAGUAGCAUAGUCUGCUAACUAGCAGUGAUAAGUCACACCAUUUUGAUUUGCAUACUAAUGUGGCUUCUGUCACAGUACAGUAUUUAACAGAUUGUUUUAACAUCACAGCCCUCUGAUUGAGGAACACAACAGAUUGUAUCACUAAUCCUUCCUCUCACAUGAGCAGGUAGUGUUCACUAGGCCACCACCAUGCUGAGUUUCCUCCGCCGGACGCUGGGCCGGCGGUCCAUCCGUAAGCAUGCUGAGAAGGCCCGGCUGAGAGAGGCCCAGCGGGCCACCACACACAUCCCUGCUGCAGGGGAGGCCAAGUCCGUCAUCACCUGCCGUGUGUCACUGCUGGACGGCACUGACGUCAGUGUGGACCUACCGGUGAGACUUUACACUACAAACUUUACACAUAACACAGUGGGAAAGAUUCUGAAUCUAACCUGCUGUUCGAGGUUCAACUGAUGUCAAGGCAUGCCUCAUGAGAAAGUAACAGGUGGGUAUUGGGUCAUCAAAAGUUAUUUCAAAAGAAGGAAGACAGAGUAGGAGCAUUUUUGGCAUGGCAGAUGCUCUCGCUCUGUGUGUCUGUGUUGGUUGAUUGCCGUGUAUAAGGUUCUGCUGUAUAGUACUUGCUGACCAGCUCCCUCAAUUGCUCCGAGAUCCUGAUCAUGUUGUGGGGGUGGUAGCUAGUUGCCCUCCUCUCGCUGUGCUGUUAAUGAUUUACUGAGAGAGUCACCGUCAGGUCUUGGCUCACUGAGGUGUGACUAGGCCACAUGAGAGGUGCGUGCCAGUGUGUUUAUGUAUAGGACAGUGUGUUGUUGUGUUGAGUGCUGCUGAUCACCUGUAAUUCCAUGAUCCCUCUACAGCACACCUGGUCACAUGACCCACCCACUGCCAGGAGCCAAGUGAGUGGAGAUACUCUUCUCAAAUGGGAAGACUUGCUCUUGUCCCACAAUGUCCUCUGAUUUCUCAGGGUUGGAAUUUCUAAGGCAUUCCAGCUGUCAAACCAGUUGAAUACGUGAUCGUCUGAUCCCACUCUGGUAUUCUCCCGAGUGGCGCAGUGGUCUAAGGCACUGCAUCGCAGUGCUAGCUGUGCCACUAGAGAUCCUGGUUCGAUUCCAGGCUCUGUCGUAGCCGGCCGUGACCGGGAGGCGGCGCACAAUUGGCCCAGCGUCGUCUAGGGUAGGGGAGGGAAUGGCCGGCAGGGAUGUAGCUCAGUUGGUAGAGCAUGGCGUUUGCAAUGCCAGGGUUGUGGGUUCGAUUCCCACGGGGGUAUGAAAAAUAGUAUGAAAAAUAAUGUAUGCACUAACUGUAAGUCGCUCUGGAUAAGAGCAUCUGCUAAAUGACUAAAAUGUAAAUGUAUUCCCACUCUGGUAUUCCACUGUAAAUGCUAUAGGUCUAUUGUUACAGAGCUUCUCCAAUAGUUGAUUCUGUUUUUUUGCAAUGCCUCUGAUUGCAAUGCUGGUGGAGAGCUAUUACAACAUGGGAUAGGCCAACCAUGUUUAUGUCUGACGAGUUUGUGGAGUUCAGGACAUGAGACAGUGUGCAGUUUUCUAAUAGCUUUGUCAUAGUCAUGUGAAAAUACAUUUGAAAGGAACAUUGAGAAAUGUUAGGCUACCUGUAUGUCUGGAUCUAUAGCUCUGCUAUGUAUGAGUUCUAGGCUAAUUGAUAUAGUCUGAUGACCGUUUAUUCACUUGGUGGCUUUGAUUAAGUGUUACAAAGCAGAACUGCUGGGUUGCAUAAAACUGUCAUUGUUUAGGCUGCCAAUGGGCUCCCCAGGCAAUAACUCACUGACUGAUUUUGAUUAUCAAGGCCUUAUGUUUUCUUUGUUCUUCUGAGACAGCUUUGGGCCUAAUGGUCUUCGGGCCUAAUGGUCUGUCCCUGUUGUUUAGAUAUUUUGUGUGAUCUCUGACAUGCAUGUUGCUACUGUUCAGCAGCCACACUCGGGACUAGCUGGAAUAGUGGGAUUGAACAGAGUGAAUAAACAUGUUGACAAAUAGGGCUAGUACAAGAUGCUGGGUUUGGAUUGAUGAAACAUAACAUCUUGGACUUAUUUCAGUAAUAGUACAGUAGUCUCCUUUUUACUGUAAAGAUACUGUGGGGGCCUUAGCUGACUCGAGCUGUGGAUAGUCAUUACCUAACCAGGCUAGGCCUUUGGUGAGGCCUAUUUAUUUUGAUUAAUGAUGAGUCGGGUUUAGUGCUAGUCAGUAAACUGUCCAGAAUGACUCUUGAAGAAAGAGUGUGGCGUAGAAUGUUUAUUGCUCUUACCAAGAUGGUUGAGUGCUUGGUAAGUCAGCGCAAAGGGUUUCCUAGGGUUACUCCUCUGAAGCAGCAGCUAUCCCUUUUGACGCAGACAGCACUGUAAAUAACCUAGGAAUAACCGUCUCUCCUCUGACACCACCAGUUCCAGGACUCAGUCCAGUCUGAAUAAGGGAGCCUCAAGCUUUUAAAACUAUGGGUGGGAAGAAGGAGGAAGGCUGCCAUAUUUCUUCCUCAGUCCUCCCCUCAGUGGCACUCCUCUGACUUGCAUUCGGGGAGCAGCCUUAGGAAUGUAACUGUGCCUCCAAAGGCAGAUAGUUGGUUGGGCAGGCUGGAAACCUCUGGUGAACAAUGCGACAGCGAGGCCUGGGGUUCACUGGAGCGCACAAUGGCUCCUUUGUGUCCAUUCUCCCUGGCCGCAGGGGCGCUUUGUGAGCUAUGCCAACUCUAUGGGGCCUGUGUGAGCGUCCGGCAGGCUUGGAUUAACACUGGGGACUGAGGACUGUUCAAUGGCAGCAUCCUCUCCUCUCUACCCAUCACGACCUCUCCCCCUGUAUAACAUACUGGACCAGAGCAUGGCAGUGCAGGCCUGUGUCCUCAGUGCUCAUGUCAAUGUUUGUUCCCCUGAAGGGUAUUGUGUGUUUCACUGUGUGCUUUAUCUAUGUGCACACAGCAGUGUCACAACCAGUAAUAUGCUUGUUAGGUUUCAGCAAUGCUGUUGCAGACUUUACUGUAUGUGGUAACUUUUUAUGCUUAACCUACAUCUUUCCUGUUUUGAGUUUCCAUUGUUGGUGGACUUGAAAUCUGACGUUGCUUUUAUUCAUCUGAGAAACUCGAGGCAAAGCUCCCCAUUUGAGCAGAAUGGCAGUGAACUCUCCCAGCCACUGCAAGGGUCAUUUUCACCCCUUCUAUAAGCUUUGAUCAUUCAGUCACCUUGAACACAAAUUAGCGCAGUCAUUCAGCCCAGUGGAGUGACUGACCAACCACAGCUUUUGUUUUUGCCGUGUCUCACUCUGCUCUCUGGUGAUGUGAGGCAGGACAAAGGGAGUGGGAGCGUUUUGUUUUCGUAGGCUGGCCUGUGGAUCACUCAUUAGCUGAGACUUCUCUACACGGCUACAGACUGUACUGUGUAGUCAGGCUACAGGCUGUACUGUGUAGUCAGGCUACAGGCUGUACUGUGUAGUCAGGCUACAGGCUGUACUGUGUAGUCAGGCUACAGGCUGUACUGUGUAGUCAGGUACAGGCUUGUAGUCAGGCUACAGGCUGUACUGUGUAGUCAGGCUACAGGCUGUACUGUGUAGUCAGGCUACAGGCUGUACUGUGUAGUCAGGCUACAGGCUGUACUGUGUAGUCAGGCUACAGGCUGUACUGUGUAGUCAGGCUACAGGCUGUACUGUGUAGUCAGGCUACAGGCUGUACUGUGUAGUCAGGCUACAGGCUGUACUGUGUAGUCAGGCUACAGGCUGUACUGUGUAGUCAGGCUACAGGCUGUACUGUGUAGUCAGGCUACAGGCUGUACUGUGUAGUCAGGCUACAGGCUGUACUGUGUAGUCAGGCUACAGGCUGUGCAUCGUGUGUGUGUAGUCAGUCAGGCUGCUCGGCAGAGAGUAAAGACUGACUGGGGUCACGCUGACUCGCUGUGCUGCGGCCUACUAACAAGUUGCCAUGGCGACCCCAGUGCUGCCAUUCUUCCUGCUGUUUUGAAGUAUGCAGAGUACUGAACUAGCUAGUACAGCAGCAGGCUACAGGAGUUGGGCAGCUAGCACCCCGUCUGAGCAGUGCGGACUAGAGACUGGUACGACCUGUCAGACUGACUGCAGGAAACACUGAAUCAUAGAGUUCAAACUGCUCACCAGAACAGAAGGGCAAGACUAGACUAAUACAUGUGGCAAUGUGCCUGAUUUUAAAGUAGGUGAAGCCAGCAAAAUAAUGUGUUCUACUUAGCUCUUGUCUCUUUUUUUGUUUGUUUUCUAAUCAGUUAUAGAGGCAAUGAAAUCAACACUGUGUCUGGGGAAUGUAGUGUCAGGGAAAAAUACACAAACACCUAAAACAGAUCUAUAUUUUCCCUUUUCCACCAGUGGUGACUUAGUGAAACUUCACUACAAUUGCUCAUUCCACUUGUUUUGUUUUGACCAUAAUAAAUAACAUUGAGCAACAGUUUACAAAUAUUUGAAAUAUUAAACUAUUAUUAAGAUGCUAAAGAGAACACAGUGAAAAGUGUAGACCUAGUCUGUUGAAUGAUUGAUGCCAUUGCUUCCAGACUAAUGACUGUGUGUGUGAUGUGACCUCUGACAUCUCUCCUGUCCUGUCAGAAAAAAGCCAAGGGUGAGGAGCUGUUUGACCAGAUCAUGUACCAUCUGGACAUCAUAGAGAAGGACUACUUCGGACUGCGCUUCAUGGACUCUGCACAAGUACCGGUAAGACCAGAGUGGCAGACGGUCCUAGAGACAGACGUACUUUUAUUACCACCCACCCAACCUUAUUCUGAUUAGGAAUUAAGAAGGGGUUUGUUAUGGUUAGAUUUAUUCACUCAACUUGAAUUGCUCUUCUCUGGAAUAGUGAUUUGAAUAACAGUGUGUGCAGUUUACGUACUAUCUGGGUUUUCUAAUGUAGGGCUGUUCUUAUGGAAAGUUCAAGUACAGUUCUUUGCAGAAAGUAAUUUUUAAGUUCACAGACCCAGCAGCCAGGGCAAGCUGAUAUGGUGUGAAGGGCAUGGAAGGAGGGAUAGGAGUGAGAGAGGUAGUAGGGAGGGAGAGCUGGAGAGAGGAAUGUGGGGGAGAGAAGUGUGAAAGAGGGCUGUGGCAGAGACCUUCCGUUCCCUCAUCAGCAUGAGCAUCACCCCCCCACCCCUCUACUCACACACUCACUCCUAAACCCCCGCCCCUCCCUCCUACAUUGUUCAUGCCUCACAGACUCCCAACUCCCAGACAAGAGUUAGAAAUCAGAAAUUCACUUUCUAGUGACACAAUCAAACUGUGUGUGAUAUCCUAAGUGAGGCUGCUGUCAAAUUAAUUGGUUGUUGGCCUUUCCAAUGACGUGAAUGCCCUUGAGCCUAGAUAGUUGAUUCUUUCCUGUCAUUGAAAUAUGUUGUUAUUUUCUCAUCUCUUUUGCAGCAUUGGCUUGACGUUACAAAAAGCAUAAAAAAACAAGUCAAAAGUAAGUAUAUGUUCUUUACCUCGCAAUCACUGGAGAUACACAAGCUAUAUACCUUCUAUUGCCUAUUUUCUGUACCAAUGUAGACCUAGAGCUGUAGAGAUGUAUAAUGGAUAAACUAUUAACAGAUGGGUGUGUUGAUGGAACAGCCAGAAACAGAUUGAUUUCAUUAGUGCCAUUCUCAUUUCAAACCUUUAUUUUCUUCCGUUCCUCAUCUAUCUCUCUGUGCAGUCGGUCCCCCAUACUGCCUUCACAUGAGGGUCAAAUUCUACUCCUCAGAACCCAACAACCUGCAUGAGGAGUUGACCAGGUCAUCUUAUUGUUGUCUUGUUAUUACUAUUCAAUAAUCAUCUAUUGUUUUUACAACAUGAUUUAUGUUGAUGAACAUUGUAUUUAUUGUGGACAUUUAUCUGGACUUUUUAUAAACAAAUGACCCUUUUAUUCCCGUAGGUAUCUAUUUGUAUUACAACUAAAACAAGAUAUCCUCAGUGGCAAGUAAGUAACCCUCCUCAUUCAGACUGUUUUGCUCUUCCUAUAUUAGAUAUACAGUAUAUUAGAUUAGUGUAGACUUCAUGUGCUUCAAUAUGUUUAACAUCGCUGAUGUCUAUAGGCCAAGUACAUCAUUAGAUACAUUACAUGUUAGUUAUAUAUGUUCUGUUGCAUCAUGAUACAGAUGCUAAGAGGCUUACCUGCAGUAGUGGAUUACACGUGAUGUUUUAACUAAACUAUUUACAUUGAUUAAUAGAUUGUGAAUAUUAGUAUACAUUUUCACUACAUAGGGAUUAGUGUUCAUGUUGUCUGUCUGGCUAUCCAAUAACACAGGGUUGUUGUGUGUUAGCUCUGGAGAGAGAAACAGGCUGUUACAAACAGGCUGCUAUAUCCUUGCCUAGUGUGUACUGUACCUUGUUGAAAGCAACAGCACUCAGACAGCAGCAUUGUUUUCUAAUGAACACUCUCCUCCUUGUCUCACAGGUUAGAAUGUCCUUUCGACACAGCAGUGGAAUUGGCGGCCUUCUCAUUGCAAGGUAAGAACAACGAUGGCCCAAUGUCUUUGUGUGGUUGUCAUAACUCUUCUUGAAUGAGAACCACUGAGUUGCAGUUUUCUGAGGGGGUGGAAUCUUUGCUGUCAGCAGGAAGAGACCAUAGCGCCACAGUAGCCUUUCAGAGCAUGUUAACAUGGUGGAGUAUUCAUGGUAAUAAAAUAUAGUUUGGGCUUAUCGCUACCCUCUCUUCAAGAAUGUGUGUGCUACUGCCGCACUGUCCAAAGGAGUUGGCACAAAUGCUGGGGCUGCAGUCCUUGCUCAGUGUUCCAUCUGUAAAUGGGCCCUCCAGGGUUGUUCUUAAUGGAAGUGAGCCCCCCCUCUCCCUCCCUCUCUUCCAGCUCCUCUGUGGGGUAAAUGCAAGCUCAUUAGAGCCCAGCUCUUUGCAAAGGCCCCCCUAAUCCAGCCCUCUCCCUCGUCCCGCUCUCUCACUCCCUCUCUCUCGGUCUCUCUACCUCCCCUCUGAGUUCGCAUGAAAAUCAUCCACAGCUCCAACACAGACCCUUUGACAUACAGCAAAACCACUUUUUUUUUCUCCAAACUCACUCUUUUUAGCCAGAACUCCGAAUGGCCCUUCCCAAACAAAACUCACGGUUUGUCUUAUGAAUUUUAGGUAGAAUAGAUAUCAGGAUUUCAGACUGUAUUCUGUUCUGCUAAAUGGCGUAGCAAGUCAAAUAAUGGACACUCAAGCAGUUGGUCAAAGCCUCAGGUUUCAAUGUAACACCAACUGAAUGUCCGGUCGGUAGCUAGACUCCACUCUUUUUGGCAGCUAGGCUGGAUGUCUGUCCAUAUUUCCCACACUGAAUUUGAUUUGUUGACCAAUGACCAGGAGGAGGUAAGGCAUUCCCUUCUCUGCCCUGUUAGAAACAUCCAUCCCUGUCAUGGCCCCGCCCCCCCUGAACCUUAGCCCCACGCUGAGCUCUGUGAUGCAUCACUACUCUGCCUUGGUCUGCAGCAGCACAGAGCUGGAGCACAUCACUGAUAACAAAGAGCCUCUCCUCACCUCCAUUACCCAGAUAACGUACUGCUGCCCUAUUUAUCCCCCUGCCUGCAGAGUCAGACACGGUUAUCUCCAUGAUGCUAUGUAAGGAAAGAGUGAGGCGUCAUUGGAGGUCUGUUGCUCCACUUAAAUGUGAUUUGGAUGUCUUUUAAUGUUGAAGGGGGCAACUUUAAAGGAAUUAUUCAAAAUUACAAAUGUCAUUAAUAGCUAACAGGUCAUAUAUAAAUCCUAAAUCAGUGACCAAAAUGAUGGGGAUAGAAGAAUAUAUACAGCUUCUCAUUAGCAUUACUCUCAUUGCAAAACAAGCCCAGACCCCAGAUAGCAUGCCUUAAUCAACCUUCUAGAGUGAUUCAGAGAACUCAUGUCUACGGUUGUGUUCCAGCUGAGCUGGGAGACUAACCCUGCGGAGCAUGCUCUGGACCUAGUGUCUGAGUUAGGGUUAAAGUACUCAGUAUGUAACCUGUGUUCCAGCUGAACUGGGAGACUAACCCUGCGGAGCAUGCUCUGGACCUAGUGUCUGAGUUAGGGUUAAAGUACUCAGUAUGUAACCUGUGUUCCAGCUGAGCUGGGAGACUAACCCUGCCGAGCAUGCUCUGGACCUAGUGUCUGAGUUAGGGUUAAAGUACUCAGUAUGUAACCUGUGUUCCAGCUGAGCUGGGAGACUGUGACCCUGCCGAGCAUGCUCUGGACCUAGUGUCUGAGUUAGGGUUAAAGUACUCAGUAUGUAACCUGUGUUCCAGCUGAGCUGGGAGACUGUGACCCUGCCGAGCAUGCACUGGACCUAGUGUCUGAGUUCCGCUUCAUGCCAGAGCAGACUGAGGCCAUGGAGCUGGCCAUCUUCAACACCUGGAAGGAGUGCAGGUAAGACAUUGAUAUCACAGCAAAUGUCUCAGUAACAAUUUAUGAUGUCACCAUUAAUAGGCUAUUUAUAAGGCAUGUGUUAAUGGUAAGGUAUUGUAAAGUGUUACCAAUGUCUAGAGGUUGUAUAGCCCAUCUUAUACAGCAGAGAUGUUCACAAGUCUUUGAGGUAAAAUCCAAGUCAAGUCUUUUAUAAUAAUAAUAAUAAUAAUAAUAAUAAUAAUAAUAAUAAUAUGCCAUUUAGCAGACGCUUUUAUCCAAAGCGACUUACAGUCAUGUGUGCAUAAAUUUUUACGUAUGGGUGGUCCCGGAGAUCGAACCCACUACCCUGGCGUUACAAGCGCCAUGCUCUACCAAUUGAGCUACAGAGGACCUUUUGGCAAUGGCUUUCUGCCUGAUGUGGGUUAGGUCUAUAAACCUUGUAAAUUAUUUGAAGAGACUCCCUUGUUCAUUAGUCCAUACUUGUAUGAAAGUAAGCACAUCAGGCACUAUUUAAAUCAAAAUACAUUUCCUUUUAAAAUGUAGACAGUUUACAUUAAUAAAAGUAAUUGUACCGAAUAUGAAAAAAAGAAAACAUAACAUUUAAAAGUGCAUGGUAGUUUGUGGCAGACAUGGUCUAUAUUUCACUUCAUUCUGUCACACAAACAGAAAAUCUGUAGGUGAGGGAUGUAUGAAUGUAAACCAAAAUGACAGACAACUGUUGAAUAACUGCACUACUAAAGUGUCCUAUUUUUCAAACGAUCCCUAAAAUAUACUUACUGACCUGGACACUUAACAGAAAUACAAUUUCCUGUAACAAGUUGCAAAUUACGUCCUGUGCCCUAAGACAAAGAACAUUUCUGUUGCAGACAGGUUACAUUUCAGAUGAAGUUAGUGAGCCUGACAUGAUGAGGCCUCCAUGACUAAACACUCUCUCCACUGGGGCACUGGUGGCAGGCACAGCCAACACGGUCAUUGCUACCUGCUUGAGCCUUAAAGUCUUUUGCAUGGAUUCUCCCAAAAUCCAAACAAUCAACUUCAUUUUCAUCAGAAGAUACUUGAAUGUAGCGAAUAAUCUCUGCUCUGACAGAUGACUUUAUGUCUCCUUUCUUCUUGCUGAUCUUGUUGCGGUAGCCAGAGAACAGUCUGGAGGUUUUGGCAGGUGGUUGUUCUUCUUCUUCUCCACUACUGCUCUCCGUAACGGUGACUUUCUGUGCCUCAGCCAAAACAAGGUCUGAAAUAAACUCAUAAAAUGAUGUAUAUGAUCAAGAAUAUAACAAUUUUCGUGGUCAAAAGUUUUGAGAAUGACACAAGUAUUGGUCUUCACAAAGUUUGCUGCUUCAGUGUUUUUAGAUAUUUUUGUCAGAUGUUACUACGGUAUAUUGAAGUAUAAUUACAAGCAUUCCAUAAGUGUCAAAGGCUUUUAUUGACAAUAACAUUACAUUUAUGCAAAGAGUCAAUAUUUGCAGUGUUGACCCUUCUUUUUCAAGACCUCUGCAAUCCGCCCUGGCAUGCUGUCAAUUAACUUCUGGGCCACAUCCUGACUGAUGGCAGCCCAUUCUUGCAUAAUCAAUGCUUGGAGUUUGUCAGAAUUUGUGGGUUUUUGUUUGUCCACCCGCCUCUUGAGGAUCGACCACAAGUUCUCAAUGGGAUUAAGGUCUGGGGAGUGUCCUGGCCAUGGACCCAAAAUGUCGAUGUUUUGUUCCCCGAGCCACUUAGUUAUCACUUUUGCCUUAUGGCAAGGUGCUCCAUCAUGCUGGAAAAGGCAUUGUUCGUCACCAAACUGUUCUUGGAUGGUUGGGAGAAGUUGCUCUCUGAGUAUGUAUUGGUACCAUUCUUUAUUCAUGGCUGUGUUCUUAGGCAAAAUUGUGAGUGAGCCCACUCCCUUGGCUGAGAAGCAUCCCCACACAUGAAUGGUCUCAGGAUGCUUUACUGUUGGCAUGACACAGGACUGAUGGUAGCGCUCACCUUGUCUUCUCCGGACAACCUUUUUUCUGGAUGCCACAAACAAUCGGAAAGGGGAUUCAUCAGAGAAAAUGACCCCAGUCCUCAGCAGUCCAAUCCCUGUACCUUUUGCAGAAUAUCAGUCUGUCCCUGAUGUUUUCCCUGUAGAGAAGUGGCUUCCUCGCUGCCCUUCUUGACACCAGGCCAUCCUCCAAAAGUCUUCGCCUCACUGUGCGUGCAGAUGCACUCACACCUGCCUGCUGCCAUUCCUGAGCAAGCUCUGCACUGGUGGUGCCCCGAUUCCGCAGCUGAAUCAACUUUAGGAGACGGUCCUGGCGCUUGCUGGACUUUCUUGGGCGCCCUGAAGCCUUCUUCACAACAAUUGAACCUCUCUCCUUGAAGUUCUUGAUGAUCCGAUAAAUGGUUGAUUUAGGUGCAAUCUUACUAGCAGCAAUAUCCUUGCCUGUGAAACCCUUUUUGUUCAAAGCAAUGAUGACGGCACGUGUUUCCUUGCCGGUAACCAUGGUUAACAGAGGAUGAGCAAUGAUUUCAAGCACCACCCUCCUUUUAAAGCUUCCAGUCUGUUAUUCUAACUCAAUCAGCAUGACAGAGUGAUCUCCAGCCUUGUCCUCGUCAACAAUCUCACCUGUGUUAACAAGAGAAUCACUGACAUGAUGUCAGCUGGUCCUUUUGUGGCAGGGCUGAAAUGCAGUGGUAAUGUUUUUUGGGGAUUAAGUUAAUUUUCAUGGCAAAGAGGGACUUUGCAAUUCAUCUGAUCACUCUUCAUAACAUUCUGGAGUAUAUGCAAAUUGCCAUCAUAACUGAGGCAGCAGACUUUGUGAAAAUGAAUGUGUCAUUCUCAACUUUUGACCACGACUGUACAUUAUACAUGGGAAACAAAAACAUUAUUAUUUGAAUGCAAGUGACAUAGAAAACGUUGCAUGUUGCAAUGCAUUGUACCUACCAAUCAGACUCUCCUUCAAUUCAGCUUUAUCUUCAUGUGGUAUGAGGACAUCAUGAUCAAGCCAGAACAGGCAGAAAGAUGGGUCCAGCAGCCAUUAUGUAUACAUUGUCACCAAAUGGAAGUUUUGUUGCCUGUUCAUCCGAGUGCUCCAUUCUGACAUGCACAAACACCCCAUGGAGUCGGCGUUUGAGUGACUGCUGCAGUGCUUUUACUAGACUGACUAGGUGACGACUUGUGCUCAGUAUACUUUGCAGAUGAUAGUUGAGUGACAGUACACAAGGAAGGGCAGCACUGAGAGUCACCACUUUCUCCCCCUGAGUAAGGUCGGUGGCCUGGACAAAAGGGUCCAAAAUGUCCACUAGCUCCAAUAGCUGGCUCCAUUCCCUUGGUGAUAAGCAGAGCUCCUUGUGUCCUUGGGCCUCAAGUAGAGUACUGAGGCUUUGUUGAUUCAGAUUGGUGACUGCUUUAACAAGCCGGAGGAUGGAAUUCCAUCUGGUAGACACAGCAGCAGGGAUACUACGAUUGGCUCCGAACUCAGCUUCAAAUGCUUCUUUCAGACCACAGGUAGUGUGUAGUAAGCUGCAAAGUUUAGUUACCUUAGCCAUCACACUGUUUAUGAUUUUUGUUUCCUUUAUUCCAUCUCUAAUCACCAGUUGUAAUGAAUGGGCAAAGCAGUGUAAGUGCUGUUGCCUGCAGUUGGUUUGGAUAGCUUCAACAUCGGCAUUGUACUCUUCACCAAAUUCUUCCUGUAGGCUGGGGUUAUCCACAUCAUCAUGAUCAUUGCUUGCUUUGGGGAAACAAACUGUGAAAGCCUUUUUUAAUAUUUGCAGCGUUAUCACAUAUGAUAUAAUCUCAUUUAUGUUUUAAGCCAAAAUUAUCACUGAUUCUUUCCCCAGUGUGUGACCCUGUGAAUCUAUCACAGCUCAACAGAACUGACUCCAGUCUGGGAGUUUUCUUCUCUUCCAUGGCCAUGUAAUGGGCCGUUACUCCCAUGAAGCCCCACAUGGUCCUGUCAGUCCAUAUAUCUACAGUGACAGACACUGAUUCUAUCUUCUCUAGCGCACUUUUGAUUGUAGCCUCUUUGUUCAGUCAUGCAGGCACCUGGUCAACGUGGGCCUACUUACUGGUCUAUAUUUGUCAUCUACCACUGACAUGAAAUGCCUAAAGUGAGGGUUGUCCACUAAGGACAUAGGCAGGUUGCAGGAAAUGAUCAGGUCUUGCAGUAUAGCCUCUGUUAUGGCCUUCUGCCUGGGAUGGCCCUGGCUGUACACAUGGACACCUGUGGUGGUCAAGAAUGAGUCAAUGCUGCUCUGUCCUUCUGUCCCUGCGCUGGCCACCUUUCAGUGAACCUACAGAUGAACAACAUGAUGGAUAGUUGUUGCUGACUUGAGAUGGAAGUACAAGGACACAAACAAAUAUAUAUGGUCUAUUGGAUUUUUCAGCAGAAAUGUCCAAGAAGUUGCAUGCUUUGAACACUUGUUUUAUACUAAAUUACUUCCUAGGACCAGGCUACAACAGAAAGUAUAUUAAAUCUCAGAGUGAUUUGCAUAUCGCCGAGAUGUAACUAAAUCAUCUCUGCUAAACAAGUAGGCCUAGCUAUCUGACAACUCGCUUCUUAACCUUUCAAGAAAUAUUCAUAAGUAAUACAUUUCCAGUUAGCUAAAAGAUGACACAUAAGAAAGCUAGCUAUAUCAAGCUGGCAUCUGCUAAACAGGCUAUUAUUAGUCUAACCACAUUGUAACGUUGUUAGCUAGCUAACCUAACUGACCUUUCGCGGUGAGUUUUCAAAUGUCGGAUGAAGUUAGAUGUAGUUGCGCCAGCAUCUUUAAUGUUAACUCCACAAGUUUUGCAAACAGCAUUUCGUUUUUUGCCACUGGCAUUAUACUGCAGGUUCUUGUAACCAAAUGUAAUAAUGAAAGCCUCACCACCUGAUGACAUUGUUGCUGAUUAUUGUUUAGCUGGAGUACUACAGUGACGUACAAAUGACGCAGAUGUUCUAGAACGCUUUUCAGCCCUCUGUAUUAAACUACUUUCUCUGCGUUAUAAUGCCACCUGUUCCAUGUUAUCUGACAGAAUGCACAACAGAAACUUAUCCCAGUACUGACUUGCAUUGUUCACGAGUCUCUCAUCUAGAGUCCAAGUCAAGUCUCAGUUUUUGUUAGGUUACAGCCUUAUUCUAAAAUUGAUUUUUUUUUAAAUUGUACUAAUCAAUCUACACACAGUACCCCAUAAUGACAAAGCAAAAACAGGUUUUUAGAAUCUUUUGCUAAUUUAUAAAAAAAAUUACGGAAAUAUCACAUUUACAUAAGUAUUCAGACCCUUUACUCAGUACUUUGUUGAAGCACCUUUGGCAGCAAUUACAGCAUUGAGUCUUCUUGGUUAUGACGCUACAAGCUUGGCACACCUGUAUUUGGGGAGCUUCUCCCAUUCUUCUCUGCAGAUCCUCUCAAGCUCUGUCAGGUUGGAUGGGGAGUGUUGCUGCACAGCUAUUUUCAGGUCUCUCCAGAGAUGUUCGAUCGGGUUCAAGUCUGGGCUCUGGCUGGGCCACUCAAGGACAUUCAGAGACUCCUGCGUUGUCUUGGCUGUGUGCUUAGGGUUGUUGUCCUACUUUGCUCCGUUCAUCUUUCCCUCGAUCCUGACUAGUCUCCCAGUCCCUGCCGCUGAAAAACAUCCCCACAGCAUGACGCUGCCUCCACUGUGCUUCACCGUAGGGAUGGUGCCAGGUUACUUCCAGACGUGACACUUGGCAUUCAGGCCAAAGAGUUCAGUCAUGUUUCUCAUGGUCUGAGAGUCCUUUAGGUGCCUUUUGGCAAACUCCAAGCGGGCUGUCAUGUGCCUUUUACUGAGGAGUGGCUUCCGUCUGGCCACUCUACCAUAAAGGCCUGAUUGGUGGAGUGCUGCAGAGAUGGUUGUUCUUCUGGAAAGUUCAUCUCUACAGAGGAAGCUCUGUCAGAGUGACCAUCGGGUUCUUGGUCACCUCCCUGAGCAAGGUCCUUCUCCCCCGAUUGCUCAGUUUGGCCGGGCGGCCAGCUCUAGGAAGAGUCUUGGUGGUUCCAAAUUUCUUCCAUUUAAGAAUGAUGGAGGCCACUGUGUUCUUGGGGACCUUCAACGCUGCAGAAAUGUUUUGGUACCCUUCCCCAGAUCUGUGCCUCGACACAAUCCUGUCUCGGCGCUCUACGGACAAUUCCUUCGCCGUCAUAGCUUGGUUUUUGCUGUGACAUGCACUGUCAACUGUGGGACCUUAUAUAGACAAUGUAGAAACAUCUCAAGGAUGAUCAAUGGAAACAGGAUGCACCGGAGCUCAAUUUCGAGUCUCACAGCAAAGGGUCUGAAUACUUAUGUAAAUAAGGUAUUUCAGUUUUUGGAUUUUAAUACAUUUGCUAACAUUUCAAAAAAUCUGUUUUCGCUUUGUCAUUAUGGGGUAUUAUGUGUAGAUUGCUGAGGAAAUGGUUUUAUUUAAUCCAUUUUAGAAUAAGGCUGUAACGUAACAAAAUGUGGAAAAAGUCAAGGGGUCUGAAUACUUUCCGAAGGCACUGGUUACAGCCAGGAGUUUGUCCUGUAUUUGGGUGCCUAUAGGGUUAGGCUACUUAAGCUACUCACUUAAUGACCUUUCCUUGGGGAGCAUAGGUCAUCCACCGGCUAUAGGGCACCUAUAUUAUUUGAUCACCCUUGAUGUACUGUGGCUGGGGUAUUCUCAGAUAGGGUUAGGUGCAGUUAUUAGUUUUUAUUUAUACAUGUGUCAGUGUGGGCCGGUCUUGACCGGUGGUUACCCUGAGGUUACCUUGAUGUAACAGAUGCUAAAUCUUGACAGUGCUUGCUCUUUAACCUGGAACACAUGCAUGAGCUACCUGUGAUGUAUGACUUCGUCAUGGUUGAGAUUUUAAUGUCACCUAUAUGAUUUAUAAUCAACAGUCGUGGUUAAUCUCAAGAGUCAACAUUCUUUGUAUGUGACCUUAUCUCACACACACCUCAUCCCCUGUUUAACCCAGUAUUCUGCCUCUUCUCCUUCUGCUCUGUCCCAGGGGCCAGAUGCCAUCGCAGGCAGAGAUUAACUACCUGA